ACUGCAUCUUUAAGUCGGAUGUAGCCCCUUUUCUUUUUUUUGGGAUGGGCUAUUCUCAUAACGUCACAUCAUUCCUCCCUCUUUCAUUUUCUCGUUCUUUAAUUCUUUCUCUCCCCCAUUUACUAAAUGGAACGGCUUUUUAAGCCCUCCACGUCUGUGUGCUUUCUCUGAUUUUCAGCUGUUUUUUUUUUUAUCUGUGUAUUUUGCGGAUCUGACUUUUAAAAGACGGAGCAAAAUGACUCAGUAACAUUUUUCUUUUUUUCGUGUUGUGACUAUUUGUCAAAUUCUAAUUCGUUUCACAGAACCAUGAUGUAUUCUCCUCUCUGCCUAACUCAGGAUGAGUUUCAUCCCUUCAUCGAGGCUCUUCUCCCGCACGUGCGUGCCUUCGCCUACACCUGGUUCAACCUACAGGCCCGCAAACGCAAGUACUUCAAGAAGCACGAGAAGCGGAUGACCAAGGACGAGGAGCGCGCGGUCAAGGACGAGCUCCUCAAUGAGAAGCCGGAGGUCAAGCAGAAGUGGGCGUCUCGGCUACUGGCGAAACUCCGCAAGGACAUCCGGCCCGAGUGCAGAGAGGACUUUGUGCUCUCCAUCACGGGCAAGAAGACUCCCUGCUGCGUCCUCUCCAACCCUGACCAGAAGGGCAAGAUGCGGCGCAUCGACUGCCUGCGCCAGGCUGACAAAGUGUGGAGGCUGGACCUGGUGAUGGUCAUCCUGUUCAAGGGGAUCCCUCUGGAGAGCACAGACGGGGAGAGGCUUAUCAAGGCUGGUCUGUGCACCAACCCCAUUCUCUGUGUGCAGCCCCACCACAUCAGCGUAUCUGUCAAGGAGCUGGACUUAUACCUUGCUUACUUUGUACAGGAAAGAGAAUCCGAGCAGAGCAGCAGUCCCAGAACUGGGAUUGGCUCAGACCAGGAACACAGUAAAACAGCCACAAUGGAUGCCCCAGAGUUUCAGGACAGCUUUGUGACUUCAGGAGUUUUUAAUGUAACAGAACUGGUUCAAGUUUCCAGAAGUCCAUGUUGUGCACCUACAGCCCCAGUGGUGACGGGAACAGGCCCAAACUUCUCCCUGGGGGAGCUCCAGGGGCACCUGGCCUAUGACUUGAACCCACCGGGGGCAGGCCUGAGGAGGACCCUGCCCAGCACCUCGUCCAGCGGCAGUAAAAGGCACAAGUCUGGCUCCAUGGAAGAUGACAUUGACACUAGCCCAGGUGGAGAGUACUACACCUCUCCCAACUCCCCCGCCAGCAGCAGCAGAAACUGGCCUGAUGAGAUGGAGGGGGGUUGUUCAGUCAGGAUUUACCGGGAGCUCUUCAAUCCCAGCCUCAUCAUGUCAACGUCUCCUGUCAAAUACGGAAUCUCUCCCACAGUGAAGAAGACUGAGAUGGACAAGUCUCCCUUCAACAGCCCGUCUCCACAGGACAACUCCCCGCGGCUCAGCAGCUUCACGCAGCACCACCGGCCCGUCAUCGCCGUGCACAGCGGGAUCUCCAGAAGCCCACAUCCUUCCUCAUCUCUGCACUUCCCCACUACCACCAUCCUACCCCAGACAGCGUCCACGUACUUCCCCCACACGGCCAUCCGCUACCCCCCACACCUUGGCACCCAGGACCCCCUCAAGGAUCUCGUCUCGCUCGCCUGCGACCCGUCCAAUCAGCAGCCGGGAUCGUUAAACGGCAGUGGUCAAGUUAAAGUGCCGAGCCACUACAUUUCCUCACAGAUGCUGGCACCACCACCUCCCCCUGGCAUGUCCCGACUGACGUUACCACCUGACACAAAAUCUGCUACAACCACCACAGAGGGAGGAGCGAAUUCUCCAACAUCACCUACGUACUCAGCCCCCGGCACGCCCCCUGCCAACCGUUCCUUUGUAGGAAUAGGACCUCGGGAUCCUGGGGCAAUCUAUCAGGCACAGUCCUGGUAUCUGGGCAACUGAAUGCUACGGAUAACCCUGAGAGAACGGACACAGAUUUGGGAUUUUGUUUGCGUGGAAAAAAAAAAAAAAAUUGUGAAAGAUGCAAGAGGGAAUAUAUUUAAAGAUACUUCAACUCGCCUUUAAGAAAAAGAGGAAUGACGAAGAAGAGGAAGAACAAGUCUUCAGUCUCAAAUCUUCCCUGGGCUGCUUGUACAAGGUGCCACAUUGGUCAUAUAUGCAAAAUGAUAAUUCUUUAUUUUCUUAAAGUAGAAAAAUACUAAUGAUCGUUUUCAAAGAAGUGUAAAGGUAUAGGAACAAUAUAAUACUUUUAAUAGGGGGGUGGGGAAUAAAAAAUGAAAUAUGAUCUAGCCCAAAUAGAGAAAAAAAAAAAGUUAUUUUUCAUUAGUUUUCUCAGACAAUCAUGAAAAUGUUUUUUUUUUUUUUUUUUUUUUAAGAAAUAUAACACACAAGAAUAUUACUUCUUGAUUUUACUCGCUGAUUAAUGAAAUGCUGUGGGUUUUGCACAGGAAUAUUGACUGAAUAUGUUCGAUAAUAUAAUGCCUGCGUGUAACGACUGCUAACUGUGGUCUUUUAGAUAGUUGGUGCGUGUGCAUGAUAAAUGCAUCAGUGGCCUGUAUGUACAGUACAAACACAAACAGAGUUCCAGCUUUCUAAUGCUGACUUGGGGGCAAAAAAAUAUUGCCUGCCUAAAAAUCAUCUUUAUAAUCUGUUCAUUUAAAAGCUGCUAAGUGCAUUUGUAAAUGUACUGCUGUUCAAAUUUCCACUGAAAGCACUUAUAUAUCCAAAUGCAUGUAUUUGCAGAUCAAAUAAUCCAAUCUAAUAUUUUUUAAAAACACACAGUGUGUGCAUGCGAUGAGAUAUCCAUGCCAGUUUUUAACCUGUCCUAUGAUGGGCUGCGCAUUAGAGUCAAGGGGUCUGUCUAAAAACCUGGCAACCUUGACUAACAACACAAAGAUCUAGAGUUGCACACUAUUCACAGGUUUCCGGCUGCAGUCGGGGUUACAUCUAUUGUAGACACAGUCUGCCGUAUUGGAAGAUUUACGAUAAUGCAGUAGCAGCUAUUAACUGGGGUUAUUAUACUACUGUGAAGACAUGUGAGGUAUCACGUUAAAGGACAAAGAAGCACUCCUUUGACUUUCGUUUGACUUUUUUGCUGCGAUUCUAGCUGGAGCCGUCGAUCCCCGUAUCUGAUGUGUCAGGGUACCUGGUCAGAGCAGAGGAGCAAUCCAAGCGCAUCAGAGAUUUCAAAAUCAAGGGGGCUGAUCAUUUCAGUUGUUCUGGAUCCCUGAAAGCCCGUGGUGCUCCCAGAAAACACCCAGGCCGCUUCUAAAGAAGCUUAAUUGUGUAGGACUGAAGCAUCUUCAGCCACUCACGCGGUGGGGAAAAUCGCUUAGAAAUGUCACCUGCGAGCAAGCUGAUUCGUAAGUCUCCCUGGGUUUCAGGAGCUUCAGCAAUAGUUAGGAAGAAGUGAUCAAAUAUAGGGACGUUUAGGAUGAAACAAUAUGCAAACGUGCUUCUUUGUUCUUUAACGUGGGAACGUCGCAAAUUCUGGCAGACAACCACCAUG